AUGAUGAGGGGAGGCAGGCGUGCUGACAAUGGCAAAGGUGUGAAACGGAACGCGUUUCCGGCAAGACAAGCCACGCCCAUUUCGUCCUCUCACAGGACGAACGCCCCUCUCCUCCGACCGAAAUCCAGCAGCACGCGUCCGGAGACGGAUAUUUGACACCUUGUAUAUCUAUCACUGUUGGGGUGUAAAUGCAAUAAAUGGAAGAAUUACGGCCACUCGAGAGCAGAAACUGAUGGCAAAAAUGUUAUGGCACGCGCUGUUUGCACAUACAAGUGGACCCAUGUAGUUGUUUCCGGCCAAUGUCCGUUUGGUGAAGUGAGGGUGAGCGCUAGGUGAGACUACUGUUUCGAGAGCAUGUAAUUGACCUCUUGUCAAACAAUUUAGGGUUUUUAUUAGCCGUGAGAGCGUAACUUUCCAUUCAACUUCUUUAGACGCUAGUUCUUUUCUUUUGAUAGCAUUAUGAGACUUUCAAUAGGGACUUUAUGAAAAAAAUAGAUACUUUGAAAAGAUUCAUUUGAUCUUUCAAAAAAAUUUUUGAAUAAAAUUUGUGAAGAUUGUCCAAAUUCCAGCAAUAUAUAUCUCAUGAGUAUCCUUCUUUCACUUAAACAGUAAAUCAACUGAUCUUUGAGCUCAAUUCGAAUAAAGUUUUUUUACAAACGCGGGUUUGGUUGUAUCCAGAGUUUUCACGAAAUUAAACCAAUUUUUAUGCUCAAAAGUGUAGAAAAACCGUUUUUCCAAAAAAAGUUUUACUAAUUUUUUUCAUUGAGAGCCCAUCUUUGCAAAAUUUUUUUCAUUUUUUUCGUAUUAUUGCAAAAUUUGCAAUAUCUGCAAAUUUUUAAAAUCUGAGGACUUCAAAUAUUUGAGAGACCACCAAGACAAUAAAAUGCUCAAAAGGAAUACAGUCAGAAGCCGACGGACCGGAAAGCUUUCAAGCGGCCAAUUGUUGGAAGCCCAGCAACCUCGUCCAUUUUCAUAUUAAAUGGGCAAACCGCCGGUGCCUAUAUCGCUCAUAAUGAGUCUACCUGAAAUUAGCAUAUUACCUGGCAGCGGCUGCCGUCCGAUAAUCCAAUACAGACAGCAACGCGCUUAUUCGAAUCUACUCGAGCAGAUAAACUACUGGGUGUUCGUCUUAUUUAACGCCAUGGGUGGCGAAAUUGGGAAAAUAAAGAAAAAUAAAUUGCUAACUCUUAUUCCAAACAAAAGAAAAAAUUGAAGAACUUUUUAAAACUAAAGACUUGCUAUUUGAAACUUUUCAAGGCUCCAGGUGAACUCUUUUUUUGAACACGUUACAUAAAAAAAGUGAAAGUUAAAUUUUUUCACAAAAAAAGAAAUGAGGAUUGCGACACUUAGUUUUAGAAACUUCCACUAAUAUCAAAAAUCUGAAAAAUUUCAUAGUUACGAGUAAAAUUAUCUUCUUUUUUUCAGUAAUUUAUUAGAGACCACGUGAAAGUUGCAGUUGUGGAACAAUACUCGAUAAUAAAACUAACUUGGAGAAUGUCAUCUGGCGAAUACGAUAUGAGAAGAAGAAAAGCGCGCAACAUGCGGCGCUCGCAUGAGAUCCAAUUCGCCAGGCCUACAGUACUCCGAGCGGCGUCCAAAGGAGGCAAACGCCAGAACUCGACGCAGAUCGCCUCAUUUGGCAUUCAUGUUACUUAA